AACACCGAUACUAUCGAGGAAACCGCCGUUGAAAAUUGUUGUACACAGCCAAGAUAUUGAUUUUUGGCAGCCGAGAGGAAAACGCGACCCCAGAGCCCCCGCCCCCUGCGCGCGACUAGUAGUAGUAGUAACGACUCACGGUCCUUCAAACAUUACGCAGCCCAAGGUUCUGGAAAAAAUCGAAGAUUACGAGCAGAGCAAAAGAGGGCAGAACGUGCAGAGCAAGCGAAGCGAGUGAAAGUGCCAGCCAGCAGCACAAGGAAAAGUAGAACUCGAACUCGAACUCGGAAUAGAGCUCUCUACGAUUUGGGUUCCGAUUUGCAGGCUCCAUUGAGAAAAAGAAAAAAGAACCCCCCAAAGGUAGCACCCCCAGCGGAGAAGGAGACAAGUGCAGUCCGCCAACUGCGUCGAACCCCCCCAAUUCCAUUUUAACCAGAGGAAAAACAAGAAGACAUCAGCCAUGGCUUUCGCCGGACUCAAAAAGCAGAUCAACAAGGCCAACCAGUACAUGACGGAGAAGAUGGGCGGUGCGGAGGGCACCAAACUGGACAUGGACUUCAUGGAGAUGGAGCGUAAAACUGACGUUACGGUUGAAUUGGUCGAGGAGCUACAGCUAAAGACUAAGGAGUUCCUGCAACCGAAUCCCACAGCUCGGGCCAAAAUGGCAGCGGUCAAGGGCAUUUCGAAGCUAUCCGGACAGGCCAAGUCCAAUACGUAUCCGCAACCGGAGGGCCUGCUUGCGGAAUGCAUGCUGACUUAUGGGAAGAAGCUCGGCGAGGACAACAGCGUGUUCGCGCAGGCGCUCGUCGAAUUCGGCGAAGCGCUGAAACAGAUGGCCGACGUCAAGUAUUCGCUGGACGACAACAUCAAGCAGAACUUUUUGGAGCCACUGCAUCAUAUGCAGACCAAAGACCUCAAGGAGGUAAUGCAUCAUCGCAAGAAGCUGCAGGGCCGGCGGCUGGACUUCGACUGCAAGCGUCGCCGGCAGGCCAAGGACGAUGAGAUUCGUGGUGCUGAGGACAAGUUCGGUGAAUCACUUCAGCUGGCCCAAGUGGGCAUGUUCAAUUUGCUCGAGAACGAUACGGAGCACGUCUCCCAGCUGGUCACCUUUGCCGAGGCACUCUACGAUUUUCAUUCGCAGUGCGCCGAUGUCCUACGCGGCCUGCAGGAGACACUGCAGGAGAAGCGCUCCGAGGCGGAGAGCCGGCCACGCAACGAGUUCGUGCCCAAGACGCUGCUCGAUCUGAACUUGGACGGCGGUGGCGGCGGCCUCAACGAAGAUGGCACGCCGUCUCACAUUAGUUCGAGCGCCUCGCCGUUGCCCUCGCCGAUGCGCUCGCCCGCCAAGUCGAUGGCCAUAACGCCGCAGCGCCAGCAGCAGCCCUGCUGCCAAGCCCUCUAUGACUUCGAACCGGAGAAUCCUGGCGAGCUGGCCUUCAAGGAGAACGACAUUAUUACCCUGUUGAAUCGCGUGGACGAUAAUUGGUUUGAGGGCGCGGUGAAUGGCCGCACUGGCUACUUCCCGCAGUCCUACGUCCAGGUCCAGGUGCCCCUGCCCAAUGGCAAUUAAGCUGUUCCUGAUAUUGAUCCUGAUCCCGCACUCCCAUCCUAUAAAUCUAUCCCAUCCUAUCAAACUGGCUGAAGACGUACGUAGAUCGCAGAUUGGAGAACAAUAACCUUAAUGUUGGUUUCGCCCCCAGAGGCGCAAAAUUGGGCAGCCGAAGUAGAUGCAGAUGCAGCAGCAGCACAUGCAAAUAUAUAUAUAGUUGAAUUAGAUGAGCGGGUUACUACGAUUACGGAUAUUACGAUACGGCUUAGCUAGCAGCACACAGCAGGCUAAAUUCAUUGGUGGCCAUAAAGCAAGCUAACUAAAUUUUAUGUGCGAAAUUAUACCAGUUGGCAACACAAUAAUUAACAAAUUAAUUACGAGUUAAAUUAAUGUACGUAUUAACUAACUAAAUUUACAAGAUGUUACGCGCCCAAUGCGACUUCCUUGCGUUUUCACUUUUGAUUCUCAAACGUCAGCGUUGUUGUUCGUUGCAAUUGCGAACUCUUAGUGCUAACUUCACACAAUAGAUCACGUAUUAGAACAGUUGGCCGGUGGCAAAAGCAAGCAAAACACUUUAGCUAAUUAACUAAAUUAACCCGUACUCUCGAACACCCAUGGAAGCGCGCCUUUUUUGUCUUACUUCCUAAGUUUUUUCUUUCCUCAAGCCUACGACUUUUAUCCGGUCUCAUCGUUGUAAUUUAAACCUACCUAUGCCAAUGCGCUCUCUAUGCAAGAUCCCCUUAUAGGCUAAACGCAACGUAUCCUCAUCAUACGCCCACAUAUAUAUUUAUUAUAUACCCAAAAUACCUAUACCUACUCUACCUACGUAUAUUUGUGCAAAAACAAUACUCCCCACACUCUAUUCUAAAAUGCAUUACGGAAUACCGUUCUUGAUGUUCGUUGUUCAAUGUAAAGAAUAUUUCAAAUUCAAAUUCAAAUUGAAAGGAUGAAACAAGCGAAAUUUGUAUCCUACUUUUUGCUCCUUUUUAUGUGUGUUGUUUUUUUGUUAAUUAUAUACAUAACAACUAUAUAUAUAUAUAUUAAAUGAAAUCAAAUAUAUGUAUAAAUAUA